AUUUAUGACAACAAAGACUGCAAUGAGUCGAGAGAAGAGACCACAAAUGAUAAUCCAUUUUAUAAUCCGUUACAAUAUUACAUUCGUAUAGUAUAUCCAUUGGCACUCAUAUCACAGACGGGAUCCAUUUGGACCACUUGUUUAAUAACAGUUGAGCGCUAUUUAGCUGUUUGUCAUCCGUUACGAUCGCUCACUCUGUCCACCCGUUCCCGAGCCAUAUGGGCGUUGAGUGCACUGUCUGUCUGCGCGUUUGUCUACAAUUUGCCCCGUUUUGCAGAAAUAGAUACCACUGAUGAAGCCGUCAAACAUUACAUCAUUCCUCUGAGUCUCUUAAGUGUCCUCAACACCAAAAUCUAUUUCAGUGUCCGAAAGGCCAGUAAUAACCGAAGUGAACUCACCAGGGCCAGACAACGCGAAUUGAAUUUGGCCACGUGUAAUGCACCCGCAUUUGUCAUCAAUUGUCUGGAGCUCAUAAAACCGGAUUACUUGGUUUUGCCCACAAUGUUCUCCAAUGUAUUAGUUUGUCUCAACUCUGCCAUCAAUUUUCUCAUUUAUUGCAUUUUCGGCAAAAAGUUUAGAGAAAAACUCAAAGAAGUGUUUAAAUGUCGGACACGAAAGAAAAUACGGAAAAGCAGUGCAAAUCGACAGCACUAUUACUUUGGGGGCAGUUGUGCCGUCGAUACCUUUGUUUGAUUUCUUUGCAC